AUGCAACUGCCUAAUCAGCAUCCACGGAUCAAUCUCAUUGAGUUGAAAGCUCAGUUAAUAAAGACACUUGGGUCCGAGAGAUCACAACAGGGAGAGAGAGUUAAACUACACAAUCUCUUAAUUUGUUCAAUAUUGAAAAAUGUUUGUAAUGCCAAAGUCCCUCCUCCACCUACGACUAUUCAUGAGAGUCUGCAAACUGAGGAAGUUCUAUUGUCAUCUCGGAAAGCCAGAUCUGGAGCACCCAUUAGGCUUACUGCCAAGACAGCUUCUGCUUCUUAUGAAUCAACAAUUACUAAUGAUGUUGUAUCUGAAAAUCAGGGUAAACUUCUCGUGAUAUACAGAAGCCUCUUCACCGUCCUCAAGAAUUUUCAGGCAAAGCAAAUAAUGUCUUUUCGUGUGGCAAGUAGUACUAUAUAUGCCAAGUCCUAUGACAUCGGUGGAUUGCUCGACACAGUGGCACUGAGGGAACUCAUGAAACAAAUUGCCACGCAGGAGGGUCUUGAAGGUGUGUCAAUGGACUGUGCCGCUAUAUUGAAUAAUGGACUGGAUGUCUACUUGAAGAGGUUAAUAAAGAUGACCAUCGAGCUAGCAGAAAACAGUUGGUAUUUGGAAGCUAUAGAUGAACAUAGAUACUACAAACUGGUUUCUUUGCUGGGUUUCAAGGUUGCGAUGGAAUUGAACCCUCAGAAGCUUGGAGAGGAUUGGCCAGUACUGCUUGAGAAGAUAUAA